CACCGUCCGUCAGCCCUCAGCAUAUUUUGUCCGCCGGCCGCCGCCGUUUCGGAUUACUCACCGAUCGGAGUUCGGAGGUAGGGAGAGGUAUCUGUUUCGCGGAAGCUGGCCGGUGUGGCCGGCACCAUGGAGUCGCCUUUUAGUCCGGGAUUUCCUCACAGACCAGAGGAAGACUGGGAGUCUACGUUGUUUGCUGAACUGGGCUACUUCACAGAUACUGAUGAGGUGCAGUUCGAUCCAGCAAAUGAAACUUACGAAAAUCAUUUUGAUCAUCUUAACUUUGAUUUGGAUUUGAUGCCGUGGGAAUCCGACAUUUGGAGCUCCAGUAGCCACUUCUGCUCAGUUAAAGAUAUUAAGGCAGAACCCCAGCCUCUUUCUCCAGCUUCCUCAAGUUGUUCAGUCUCAUCUCCCCGGUCUGUAGACUCCUGCUCGUCUACUCAGCAUGUUCCUGAGGAGUUGGAUUUGUCUUCCAGCUCCCAGUCUCCCCUUUCCUUAUAUGGUGAAAGCUGUAACAGCCCCUCUUCUGUAGAGCCACUCAAAGAAGACAAGCCUGUCAUUGGUCCUGGAAACAAAACUGAACAUGGACUGACUCCAAAGAAAAAAAAUCAAAUGAGUUCAAAACCUUCAGUUCAGCCCAAGCCUUUAUUACUUCCAGCAGUACCCAAGACUCAAACAAAUGCCAGUGUUCCAGCAAAAACCAUCAUUAUUCAGACACUCCCAGCCCUUAUGCCACUGGCAAAGCAGCAAUCGAUCAUCAGUAUACAGCCUGCACCCACUAAAGGUCAGACUGUUCUGCUCUCUCAGCCUACUAUGGUUCAACUUCAGGCCCCUGGAGUGCUGCCUUCUGCUCAGCCAGUUCUUGCUGUCGCUGGAGGAGCCACACAGCUACCUAACCAUGUGGUGAACGUGGUGCCAGCCCCUGUGGUGAACAGUCCAGUGAGCGGAAAACUUUCCAUGCCUAAACCUGUCCUACAAAGCACCACAAGAAGUCUGGGUUCAGAUAUUGCUGUGCUAAGGAGACAGCAGCGGAUGAUAAAAAACCGUGAGUCUGCUUGUCAGUCACGCAAGAAGAAGAAGGAGUAUAUGCUAGGACUGGAGGCCAGGUUGAAGGCUGCCCUUUCAGAGAACGAGCAGCUGAAGAAGGAGAAUGGGUCCCUGAAGCGACAGCUGGACGAGGUGGUGUCAGAGAACCAGAGGCUUAAAGUCCCGAGUCCAAAGCGAAGAGCUGUCUGUGUGAUGAUUGUAUUGGCAUUUAUAGUGCUGAACUGUGGCCCCAUGAGCAUGCUGGAGCAGGAUUCCAGGAGAGUGAAGCCCAGCGUGAACCCUGCAAGCCAAAGGAGGCAUCUUUUAGAAUUUUCCGCUAAAGAAGUUCAAGACUCAUCAGAUGGUAUCAACCAGAAAAACAGCUACAGCUAUGAACAUUCUGUUUCAAAUGACAAAGCCUUGAUGGUGCUAACUGACGAGCCGCUGCUUUAUAUCCCUCCACCUCCAUGCCAGCCCCUGAUUAAUACGACAGAAUCUCUCAGGUUGAACCAUGAGCUUCGAGGCUGGGUUCAUAGGCAUGAAGUGGAAAGGACCAAAUCAAGACGAAUGACAAAUCACCAACAGAAAACCCGUAUUCUUCAGGGUGCGCUGGAGCAGGGCUCAAAUUCUCAACUGAUGGCUGUCCAGUACACAGAAACCACUAGCAUCAGUAGGAAUUCUGGGAAUGAGCUGCAAGUGUAUUAUGCUUCACCAGGAAGUUACCAAGGCUUCUUUGAAGCCAUCCGCAGGCGCGGGGACACGUUUUACGUUGUGUCAUUUCGAAGGGAUCACCUGCUAUUACCAGCUACCACCCAUAACAAGACCACAAGACCAAAAAUGUCAAUUGUAUUACCAGCAAUAAACAUAAAUGAUAACGUGAUCAAUGGGCAGGACUAUGAAGUGAUGAUGCAGAUUGACUGUCAGGUGAUGGACACCAGGAUCCUCCACAUCAAAAGCUCCUCUGUUCCUCCUUACCUCCGAGAUCAUCAGAGGAACCAAACCAGCACCUUCUUUGGUCCCCCUCCCACAGCCACAGAGACGACCCAUGUGGUGAGCACCAUUCCUGAGUCGUUACAGUAGUACUCGAGCUGCACUGGAGAGAAAGCAGAGGAGUGAAGAGCCGGUGAGGAGUGCUGCUCUCUGCCCCGUGGCACGUGGAGGACUGCCUCGUGCUGCGACUCAGGGAAAGAGAGACAAGAACAAGAAGCUGCUCUGAUUUUCACCGUCUGCCCACUGUGUGGACCACGCUAGUCAGAGAAGUCCUCUCGGCAGUGCAGCCGUGUCGAAGUGUCGCCUGGUGUUGGUUAUUCUGUUGUGUUUUUCCGCACUGCUUUUCCUACUGGAUAUGUUUGUUCUUAGUCGUCUUCCUUCAGAUGCGACCCACCUCCUCUUUUGUCCACUGCACUCCCUUGCACAGUAAAGCGAUUUUCAUUUAAAGCUUUAGAACACAUGCUCAUGUGGUUUCCACCAAUUGGCUUUCUCUCUCCUUCAAAUUCAUUCUGAAUAUUACACUUGAGAAAACACAUUUCAAAAAGCUAAACAGCCAAAAACAUCCCACAAAGAGUCAAAACAGUUUGGAAUUUUGGGUAAAGGAGUUGUCCCCAGUUGGUAGAGUUUAUUUUUGCUUGUGAUUUGUGGUUCAGCCCUGAACAAAUAACUGUCGUGGGGUCAGAGAGUGAGCCGCACACUGGAAGAAGGCGAGGGAAGGCCAGUUGUAGAGUACAGGAGAGGCGGUGAGUCUGUGUACACUUGUGUUCAAACACUGGGAGCUGAGCUGGGCAGUGUAAGUUUAGAGCCACAGCUCCCUUUUUCUCUUGGAGUGCUGCAAUCAGCACAGAUCCUAAGGACCUCAGGACAAAUGAUUCCCUUUCAUUGUGAAUCCUCGGCCUAGGACACACUCCUGUGAAACCAAACUUGACAAAGGACCUUGGAGGUGACUUCAGAUUUAAGCAAGACUAGAGAGUUUUCCCUUAAAAACUGACUACGCACACAGCAAGCAUAGAUUCCCACUGAGAGGCUGUGCCAUAUUGUGGCAAAAAUUUGCAAACAAGGAAGGAAAGGAA